GCCGCCGCAGGAAAUGGCGGCCGUUAAGGCCGUUGCGGCCGUUGCGGCCGUUGCGCCCCGCGCGGGGGGCGCAGCGGGAGGGGCGGGGCCGCGCCAUGGCCGCCAGCCGCGUCCCGCCGGGCGCCCUCAGCCUGCGGCAGUUCCUCAGGCGGCAGCAGGUUCUGCAGUUAUACAGGAAGAUUCUGCGGGCGAUUCGCCAGGUCCCGGCUGAAGCAGAUCGGCGGUAUUUGAAGGACUGGGCCAGGGAGGAAUUCAGGAGAAACAAGGGUGCGACGGAGGAGGAUGCAGUCAGGAUGAUGAUUACUCAAGGCAACAUGCAACUUCAGGAACUUGAAAGAACACUUAAGCUGGCAAAAUCCUGAUCUUAGUUUUGUUGACAGAUCGACUUUCAUCUGCUGUGAACAAAACCAGUAUUUUUUCCAGAAUAUAGUUGUAAUAGAGGCUUUUCCUGACAACCUGGUAAUGUUUGAAGGUGGAAUCUACUGCAGUGGGACUUUUUAUUUGGUUUUUUUUUUCCCCUUCCUCUUCUUGGUUUGGUUACCCUCCCAUGUGGAGAUGGGUCAGACACAAAGGCCUUUAAACAACUGAAUGGAUGAUGUAACAUGUGCUGUGGGAAAAGCAGAAAGUAUCAGACGUUACAACUGCAGUGUUACGCCAGGGAAAUGGAAAAUAAACGUAAAUCAGAUUA